AUGCAUGACUUAGAUCAAUCGCUUGACCCCAUAUACGCUUCCGGGGGGAAGGGUUCCAUGCGAUACUUCUUUCUCCACGGGGGGUAUUCUCGGCUACCAUUCCCGGACGAUGUUUCAGUCGAGGCUAAGGUUCUAGUCUCCAAUGGAUUUGGAAAGAUUGUUUUCGACAACAACCCCGAUCAACCAACCUCCCAAUAUCGAUUCAUCAACCGCGCUUUGGACUCAGUCGAUGGCAGGCAAGACGCCUACGUACCAGCCAGAGUCUUGGUAGAGACAUUACUGAAGAAUGUUUCCAUCCCCACGUUACUGCUCGCCGAGAUUCCGCCAGUCCUCCUGACCCUAGGCCGCACCGGCCUCGACCAAGCCUCCUUCCAAGACUACGAGUACCUGAAAAGCAUGCUCCACGGCCUUGUCCCGCGCUUCACGACGGCCAUCUUCCGCUUCAGCGACGCGUACCUGCCGGGCGACGCGCGCAACUUGAGCCGGGAGGUCGCCGGGCUGAUGAUGCCUGCGGCUGCGAAGAAGGACGACGGCGACCUGAAGGAUCUCCGAGGGUUUCUUGCUGUCUAUGCUAAGCGUUAUGUGCAUGAGGCGUUGACGGAGGAGGAGGUUCUGGAGCGGUGCUUGCUGCAUGUGCUGAAGAUGCCGUUUGAGUUGAGGUCGUCGGUUCGGUAUGGGCUUAUUGUGCAUUAG